AUGAGGGAAGAAACACCUAAACCUGAACUCACAUCAGGUCUUAAAGACGCUGCACUGAUAGAAAACCCAGUGACUCUGUACUGUAAUCUGAAGCAGUCUGCUGGAUGGAGGUUCUACUGGUUCAAACACACACAGACCCCUGAGAGUGAGACCACCACUGAUACACACUCCUCCUGCACCAUCAGACCAGUUAGUGUCUCUGAUGGAGGUCAGUACUGGUGCAGAGCUGGGAGAGGAGAUCCAGUCUACUACACUCACUACAGUGAUGCACUCUGGGUAAAUGUUACUGGUACAUCUUCUCCAGUCACUCUGAUCGUCAGUCCCAGCAGAUCUCAACACUUUACUACUGACUCUCUCUCACUGAUCUGUGAGGAACAGAGUAAAUCUACUGGAUGGAGAGUGAGACGAUACUCUCUCAGUGAGAGUAAGGUGUCAGAUUGUUCAUCAGGCUGGGGAUCAGUUACAGGAUCUACAUGCAGCAUCAGCUCCCUCAUCACCACCGACACUGGAGUGUACUGGUGUGAAUCUGAAUCUGGAGGAAGCUGCAAUCCUGUUAACAUCACAGUGCACAAUGGUCCUGUAAUUCUGGAGAGUCCUGUUCAUCCUGUAACUGAGGGAAAUCCUCUGACUCUACACUGUUUAUAUCGUAACACAAAGUCCUCAGAUCUCACAGCUGAUUUCUAUAAAGAUGGAUUAUUACUGCAGAAUCAGACUACAGGAGAGAUGAUCAUCCCUACUGUCUCAAAGUCAGAUGAAGGUCUCUACCACUGUACAAUCCCAGAGAAAGGAGAGUCUCCACAGAGCUGGAUCUCAGUCAGAGGUGAGAAAGCUCUUACAGUAACUCCACAGUGA